UCCCCCCCAUACACACACACGCUUGUUUAAAAACAACAAAAUGAACAAGCCAUUAAUAAAGUGGAUGUCUCCUGGAAAAGCCUCUGACAUUGGAAAUGCUGCAAGCUGCAAAACCCUGCCUGAAACUGCUGCUUUAAAAAAAAUCACUGUAGGCCGCAGUCUCCACUUGUCCUUAUCUUUCCACUUCUCUGGCUCGUGUGGGCUACGGGCUGGGGAAGGCAUGUGCUCAGAAAGGAGCAGUAAUACCUGUUACAUGUUUGCCAUGUCUGCCUUCCCAUCUAAGGGGAACAGAGGGCAGACUGAACCCUGCUGGUGCAGGCACUCUCGUAAGAGGCAGGGAGGCAACCUGACACUUCUACCCGAAGCUGUAGUUUGUGGUUGUGCUUUGUUGGGCUGCCCAAUCCCUUUCUGGUUUAGAGACUGAAGUUUGCUUGCAGAGUGCACCUCUUGGCUCUGUUCCCACCUGUGUCCAGACGCUUUUGCAAGCAAUGCCUACGCUGGGGAGCAGAGGGUGCUCUUUAAAAAAAAAAUUGCAGAUUAGUAGAGUCUGGUUUCCUGUCAGGUUUUUGCAUUUUCCUUCUCCGCCCCUUUCAGACAAUGACACACUUUUUCUUACUUUCUGUCUUGCCACUUGCUGCUUCCGACACUGGUGCACUUGCGUCCCACACUCCAGAGCCCUCUUCUCCCAGUCUGCAGGGCUCCGGCCCUUGCCACUCCCUUGCUUCCCAGCAGAUGCAGAGCAGGGCUCAUUUCUCUAGGGCUCCUGGAGAGGGACACUGACAUGCGCCUGGACAUGACCUAGCGAAUUUCACCCAGCAGAAGGACAGCAAGCGAGCCUGGUCACUCAUGAGCGUCCAAGGAGCAGAGCCAGAAAUGGAUGACUGCCUGGAGAUGCUGAAGGAUGAGGAGGAAGCCCUGUGGGAGAAUGUAGAGUGCAAUCGGCACAUGCUGAGCCGGUACAUCAAUCCAGCCAAGUUGACCCCCUAUCUGCGUCAGUGUAAAGUCAUCGAUGAGCAAGAUGAGGACGAGGUGCUCAACUCGCACAUGCUGCUCUCCAAAAUUAACCGAGCAGGCCGACUGUUGGACAUCCUUCAUACCAAGGGGCAAAGGGGCUAUGUAGUUUUCUUAGAGAGCCUGGAGUUUUACUAUCCUGAACUCUACAAACUGGUGACGGGGAAGGAGCCCACACGGAGAUUUUCUACCAUUGUCGUGGAGGAAGGACAUGAGGGCCUCACCCAUUUCCUAAUGAAUGAAAUCAUUAAGCUACAGCAGCAGGUGAAGACAAAGGAUGUACAGCGCUGUGAACUCUUGGCCAAGUCCCGCCAACUGGAGGAUGAGAGGAAGCAGCUGAAAUUGAACAAAAUAGAGUUGCUGACCUUCCAGGAGAGAUACAACAAGAUGAAGGAGGAAAGGAACAAUUACAAUGAUGAGCUGAUCAAGGUGAAGGAUGAGAACUACAACCUGGCCAUGAGAUACGCCCAGCUGAGCGAAGAGAAGAACAUGGCUGUGAUGAGGAGCCGGGACCUCCAGCUAGAGAUUGACCAGCUGAAGCAUCGGUUAAAUAAGAUGGAGGAGGAAUGUAAACUGGAGAGGAACCAGUCACUGAAGCUAAAGAAUGACAUUGAAAACCGACCCAAGAAAGAACAAGUUCUAGAAUUGGAGCGGGAGAAUGAGAUGAUGAAGACCAAAAUCCAAGAGUUACAGUCCAUCAUCCAGGCUGGCAAACGUAGCUUGCCAGAUUCGGACAAAGCCAUCUUGGAUAUCUUGGAGCAUGACCGCAAAGAGGCACUAGAGGACCGCCAGGAGCUGGUUAACAAGAUCUUUAAUCUCCAGGAGGAGAUCCGUCAUGUGGAGGAUCUGAGAGACAAGUAUCUUGAGGAGAAAGAAGACCUGGAAUUAAAGUGCUCAACUCUGGGGAAAGACUGUGAGAUGUACAAGCACCGUAUGACUACUGUGAUGAUACAGCUUGAGGAGGUGGAGAAGGAGCGAGACCAGGCAUUCCAUUCCCGAGAUGAGGCACAGACGCAUUACUCACAGUGCCUGAUUGAGAAGGACAAGUACAGGAAGCAGAUCCGGGAGCUGGAGGAGAAGAACGAUGAGCUGCGGAUCGAGGCAGUCCGGAAAGAGGCUUGCAUUGUUAACCUGGAGUGCAAACUCCGACGACUCUCUAAGGAAAACUGUCAUGACCAGAGUUUACCAAGGAAUCUGCCAGUUACUAUUAUUUCCCAGACCUUUGGAGCUCCUAGCCCCAAAGCCAAUGGUCAGGAAGCAGAUGACUCCUCCACCUCUGAAGAGUCACCAGAUGACAAUAAAUUCUUCCUCCUUGAUCAGUCUCGACUUAAGAGAAGAAUGAACCUGAAGGGAAUCCAGCUGCCACGAGCUAAAUCCCCCAUCAAUACAAGCAAAGCAUCUGAUUUUCAAGCAGUCAGAGCCCAGGAGGAAGACGGGGCCGAUGCCAGCAGCAGCCACACAGACACCAGUUCCUCCAAUCCUGUUUCCAUCAAUAACUCAGUCAGCAACUGCGAAGCUGGCAAAAUUCAAACCCUGAGAAAUCGAAACCACAGUAUCAUGUCCACCACCCCAGAACCUCCAGGAAAUGACUCCAUAGUCCGACGUUGCAAAGAAGAUGCUCCUCAUUGCAGCCUUGCUGAAGAGGACAAUGACAGCUUUGGCUGUGAUACUUUGGAACUAGAUGAUGACAGUCAUGACAGGUACUCGCACGGAGCUCCCUCGGUGCACUCCUCCUCCUCCUCUCACCAGUCUGAAGGCAUGGAUGCCUAUGACCUUGAGCACGUCAGCUCCAUUUUUAGGAAGUUCUCUCUGGAAAGACCUUUCCGUCCUUCUGUGACGUCUGUUGCUCGCAUUAGGAACUCUUGUCACACUGUCCAGCGCAUCACACUGAAUGGAGACAGCCUCAACUCAGAGAUCACUCUGCUGGGAGGCAAUGACAAAGGAAGCUUUAUCAGCUCUGUCAAGCUGGGAUCCCUAGCAGAGAAAGCAGGCCUCCGGGAGGGACACCAGCUGCUUCUGCUGGAAGGCUGCAUCAAAGGGGAAAAUCAGAGUGUUCCUUUGGAUACCUGCACAAAGGAAGAAGCUCAUUGGACAAUUCAGAGGUGUAGUGGACCAGUAAUCCUCCAGUAUAAACCAAACCAUGAAGGUUACAGGAAGCUGCUGUCAGAACUGGAAGAAGGAUUGAUCACGUCAGGAGACUCAUUUCACAUCCGUCUGAAUCUGAACAUCUCUAGCCAGCUGGACUGCUGCUCCCUGUCGUUGAAAUGUGAUGAGAUUGUGCAUAUUCUCGACACCAUGUACCAGGGGAAGUGCGAGUGGCUGUGUGCCAGAGUUGACCCUUUCACUGAUAGGAACCUGGAAAUGGGGACCAUCCCCAGCUAUAGCAGAGCCCAGCAACUGCUCCUGGUGAAGCUCCAGCGACUGAUGCACAGAGGCAGUAGGGAUGAAACAGAAAGUUCAUCCAACACUCUUCGAGCACUCCGGAAUACACUGCAGCCAGAGGAUCCUGCCUCACAGAAUGACCCCAAAGCCAGCCCUCGCCUCUCCCGGGCAAGCUUCCUUUUGGGACAGAUUUUACAGUUUGUUAGCAGGUCUGAAAACAAAUACAAACGUAUGAACAGCAGUGAGCGAGUCCGCAUUGUCACCGGCUCUCCAUCCAGUUUGGCACGGACCUCUUCUGAAGCAAUGAAGCUGAUACCUGAUAAGCUGGAAGAUUUGGAUUCUGAAAAUGAAAUCGAUAAGAGCCUCAACCUGAUCCCCUAUAGUUUGGUGCGACCGAUCCACUGUGACCGCAGGCGCCCGGUCCUCUUCACUCCCACUGUGCUUGCAAAGACCUUGGUACAGAAACUUCUCAAUUCUGGAGGCGCCUUGGAAUUCAACAUGUGCAAGCCAGAUAUUGUAACCAAGGAAGAGUUCCUAAGGAAGCAAAGGACAGAGAAGGUCAUCUUUUCCAGGGAGAAGAAUCCAAACACCUACGAAUGCAUUGUACCUGCCAAUAUUGAAGCCGUCACUGCCAAGAAUAAGCAUUGUCUGCUGGAAGCUGGCAUAAGCUGCACAAAGGAUUUAAUCAAAGCCAAGAUAUAUCCCAUUAUUCUCUUUAUCAGAGUCUCAGAGAAAAACAUCAAGAGGUUCAGGAAGCUGUUGCCGAAGCCCGACACUGAGGAGGAGUUUCUACGCACAUGUCGCCAGAAGGAGAAAGAACUGGAGGCUCUACCAUGCCUUUAUGCCUCCCUGGAGGCAGACAUGUGGAGCAGUAUUGAGGAUCUCAUCCGAAUAAUGAAGGAGAAGAUUGGAGAAGAGCAGCGUAAAACCAUCUGGGUAGACGAAGAUCAGCUAUAAAAAAAAAAGCAGCAGAUAAAAUGGAGCUCAGUGGCAAUGGAAGGACAGUGAAAUGGAGCUGGGACUCUCAGAAGUCUCUGAUGCAGUCCGGCGCUCCUGUUUCAUCUUUGCUGGCUGGGGACUUUUGCUGCUGGCAGAAUGUAUGUGUGGAAUGGAAUCAGAGCUGUGUGUUUAACAGUGAGCGUCACAGAGGCUAGGUAGUUAGGACAGGGAUCGGAACGCUGCUACAAGAGCACCUCAUCCCCUAGCAUCCGUUCAGAGAAGACAGCUGUUUAACACAUGAGAAGGAGAAAGAUUUUGAGAAGGCGCUUGAGGUAAUUUAUUAUGUAUAAAGGUGGACCUCAUUUAAUCUCCUGGUGUGACCAGAGCAGUGAGAUCUUUAGGCAGAUAAAGGAUGAGGGACAGGCUGAAGGACACGGUACCUAAGGAGUGCCCCAUGCCCAGUUCAAAGUGAGAAACUGAAUUUGUUCCAUCAAAGAAGUUGCCGGGUGCUCAGUAGCAACAGAAACACUGCUGAUGAUCAUCUUGACAGCUACGCAGCCCUAUGCAUGCAUGUUUGUGCAGUCACGAAGAAAAGAAAAUAAUCAUUGUUCCUGGCAUUAAUGAAAAUGACAAUUUUCCCUUCAUUUUGAAACCUCAGUUCUGUUUAGCAAUUUGCAGCAGCCGGCCUAGUCAUGGCAUCCUGAACAAAGCAAACUCCCAGCUCCCCAAUGGCAAAUCAAACCUUUCCAAAUCUGCCCACACUUCAGUUAGUUUAUCCCUGUCACUGUUAUUUUACUAGUUCUAUUAUUUCAGUCAUUCAUUUCAAUAGCAUAUUUUAGUACUAAAGCCGCUUGGUGUGUAGGAUGGGCGUUGACUCCAGCUGCCGGUGACAAAAAGAUGCCAAUAUUGUUAAAAGGUAGAGUAUGUAAAACCCCUCUUAACAAACAGAACAGAGACUUGGCCAGCCAUAAGAAAGGAAAUCAAGUCCACCCUCUGCCAUGGAAAUGAAGAUGUGGAGAUGGUCAAACAGUUGGAUGCUCUGUGAUAGGAAAUAUAAUGAGGUGGUAAGGGGCCCAAUUUGGGUUACCCCAACAGGAGACCAGUUGAGGGAAGUUACAAUAUGUUGUUAUGGGCACAUCCAGAGGAGAACUGAGAGCUAUAUUGGUGAGAUGGCUCUUACAAUGACUGUAGAAAGAAGAAUACAAAGUAGGAGAUGAAAGACUUGGUCCAUAAAUCAAAUGUCUGUAGACCUCACAGAGACCAAUCAGAAUGACAGCCUGGCAUACAAUCAUGAGUUUUGGAAGAAGGCUAUGAAGGUCUUCAACCCCCAAUAAGGAAGUGGCAAGAAAGAAGAAGAUGAAUUUUAGUGCUGGGAGGAGGAUGGUAUCUGCAUUUACCCCGGAAACCCAUAUGCUUCCCCAGCACUGCCACCUGCCAACACACUGCUCUGAAUAAGAGGGCCUAUUUUUAGAGGAUUCUGGGGAAGUUUUUUCUCUGUCUAGGGGAAGUUCAGGUUUUUUGAGCCAUUGAGUCCUUGGCCUCUGCCAUGAUUGCUAAUGAGUAUCAUACUCGGCUACAGACAGCUGGGGCAAAAUUUUCAAAAGUGUCCAAAUUACUUAGGAAUGUAGGCCCCCAUUUUCAGAAGUACGGCCUUCCUAUGACAGUCAGUGGGACGAAAACUCCUUUGUUACUUAGGUGGUUUUGAAAAUGUUACACCUGUAUACAGGCAUUGGAUUGAAAUCACCACAUUAAUUUUCACAGCAGCCUGACAAUAAUAAUGACAUGUACCACUUCUGACCUGGAAUGAAUGAAACAAUGACCUUUGGCUGCAUAUCCCUUUUCCCUUGAGUCAUCCAUGUAUCUCCAAUCUCCUCCCUUUUCAGAUGGAAUCAAUGCUAAAAGUUGUCAUUGCUCCUGUGCUUAUCCAAAGUCCUCUGGUUUCAGUGCUUCAGGCCAGCAGGCAGCAGCUGGUAAUCAAAAGGCACACAGAGCCUAAGCAAAAUGUCUGACAUUGUCACAGUUGCUAGAUGAGUGACUGCCUUUUCCUUGCGAGGUGUCUCUGAUGUUCAUGUGUGCUGGGUGCCUCUCUGCGGUGAUGUACUUUUUUUGUCCUGGUCAGCUUGCCAGCCUGUGCCUACAUGUGUGGUGGUGUACUUUAUUUUUUAAUUAUGUUAGCUUAUAGAAAUCAUUGCCCAUUUUCCAUCUUGUACCCUGCUACUGCAGCCAUUGCAGCAUUAAUGUUUAAAGGCUGCUCACAGCAAGUAUUUCUCUGUGAAUAGUUAGUGAUUUGUCCCGUUCUCUCGCUAGGAUUCUGCCCUCUUCUGCAAUGUACGGGAGUAGAAAGAUUAUGCCACUACGAGUACUGUAUUUUAGCGAAUAUAACCCAUAGGUUAUACUCGUUUUUACAAACCCCUCGCCCCCUCUGCGGGGUAUACAAAAAAUUUUUUACUCACAUGGUGGUGAGCGCUUCCCCACCCUUUCCCCCGCUGCACAGCCUCCGGGCGGGGGAGCGCUCAUCUCCCAGUUCCUGUGCAGGAGCGCUCCCCCUGCCCCCUCCUGCGACUGCGCAGGAACCGGGAGA